AUGAAAUAUUUGUAUAGAACUAUCUUUCUCUUACUUAUUAUUAUUAAUGGAAGCUCAGCUGAUAGAAUCAAAGCUCGAAACAAGCGAGUUCAAGAGGAAACUAAUUAAAAUACAUGGGAACCAAUUAGAAUUUAAUAUUAGUUUGCAUAAGAUAGUUAUGAAAAUGAUUACUAGGAUUUCUUUUAAAAGUUAUUACCUGUUGCAUCAACAUUCUUCACAAGAUACUUUUUAGUACAAAGAUUGACCGAGAAAAUUACAUUUGAUACUCUUGAUACAGAAUUUUUUGAAAAAAAAAAUAUAUCAACAUCACUUGCUAACAAACAGUUUGAUGCAGACCUUGUAAACAUUAUAAUCAUAUUAUAUUUAGCUCAUCUUUUUGGUUUUAUUUUCAGAUCCACAAUCCUCUAAAGCAAGUGCUGCUUAUUUUAAAACUGAUUCUGAAACUAAAAGACCUGCUGUAGGUUAUAUUCAAUGGAAUACAUUUUUCACCAAUGUUGCAAAUAUGACUAACUCUGAUUUCGAAUAUUAUGCACAACGUUUAAUUACAGUUACUAUGUAUGUUAUGGGUUUCAUGUUUUAAUCAUUUGUUAAUUAUUACAAUAGUUCAUCUAAGGAAUUGUAUUCUGAAGUUAUUAUUACUGAGGAUGGAAUUAGUUAUUUAUCGACUCCUAGAUUAAGAAAUACAUUGAAAUUGCAUUUUAAUUGCAGUUCUAUUAAGGGAGCUUAACUUGAAGAUGAAGGUGGAGCUAGUGUUCAAUUAUCUCAUUUGGAAAGAGCUGUGUUUUAUAAUGAAAUUUUAACAAGUUCAAUAAUGGAAGGAAAAGUCAUAAUAUCUGAAUUUACAUUUUCUAUAUUUCAAGAUAGCGGGUAAUUGAUCAUUCAAUAAUUAGAUUCUAUAAUUUUAUGGAAUACUACCCAGAUAAAGUACAGUGGGGGAAAAACAAAGGAUGUGAUUUUCUGACUAAAUAAUGUAAUGGCGAAUUUGAUGAAUUUUGUUAAGUAGAAAAUGAGGGUGGAUGCUCCUAUUUAAAUACAGGAUAAGCAAAGUGUCAAUCAGACAAAUACAGUAACUAAUGCAAAUAUUUUUAAAUCUAACAGGGAUAUGAUUGUAAGGAUAAGUCAUCUGCUGGAGGAGAUUAAAAAUAAGAAACAUUUUAAUAUUUUGGAUCUGAUAGCAUGUGUGUUAAAGGAGCAAUAAGUAAGGAUUAAAGUGCUGCUAAUUCAUAACAAUAUAGUUGUUACUAAUACUCUUGUGAUUCAAACAAUCAAUUAAAGUUACUAAUAGAUUAAAAACAAUAUGAUUGUUCAUCAACAUAACCUUAGAAACUAGAUAAUGAUUAUUUUGGAUCAUUGAUAUGUCCAAAAGAUCCUGAAGAAUUUUGUAAAUCUUAAAAUGAUUGUGAAGAUUAAUGUAGUUAGAAUGGAUAUUGCUUAAAUAAAAUGGUAUAUUACUUUAUUUAUUAUUUCUAGUGCAUAUGUCAAUUAGGAUAUUCAGGUAAAAGUUGUUCAGAAAAUUGUUCAAAUUAUAGAUAUUAAAACGCAUGCUUUGAACUGUGUCCAAAAAAUUCAUAUGCCAUUCCCUCUAUUAAAUAUUGUGUUGGAUGUCCUGGAGUAAUUAUUCAAUUUAUAUUUUAUAGAAUUGCUAUAUUUGUGAAAGUUAUAAUAAGUGUAAAUCAUGUAAUCAAGGAUAUAAAUUAAAUGCAAUAGGAUUUUGUGAUAUCAUUGAUCCCUUUUCUGAUGUGGAAGAUGAUGAGAAUUAAACAGGCUCAGGGGAAUAAGAUGAUGAAUAAUAUGUAGAACUAUAUUUUAAUUACGAAUAUGAGAAUGGAUAUAUUCUGGGGGCCACCAUUAUUUUUUUGAUAUUAUUCUGA